AUAGCCGGGUCGCCAUGGGCUCCGCCCUCAGAACGCCGCGCUCACAAUCGGGGUUGCCGGUCAUCCAACUCGCUGUACCCUCGCCUCUGGGCUGCUGUUGGUCGAUUUCUUCUUUUACCAGGAAGAAAAAUGACAUCUGUUGCAGUUGAUCCAUACCCGAGUGUGGUGACUAGGGUGGCCAACCUACCCUUGGUGAGCUCCACAUACGACCUUGUCUCCUGGGCUUACAUCAGUACAAAAGAUCAGUAUCCCUGCUUGAAGUCGGUGUGUGAGAUGGCAGAGAAGGGCGUGAAGACCAUCACCUCUGUGGCCGUGACGAGUACUCUGCCUAUCAUCCAGAAGCUGGAGCCACAAAUUGUGGUUGCCAAUACCUAUGCCUGUAAGGGACUAGACAGGAUUGAGGAGAAACUGCCUAUUCUGAGUCAGCCAACAAACCAGGUUGUUGCCAGUGCCAAAGGUGCCGUGACUGGGGCAAAAGAUGCUGUGACGACUACUGUGACUGGGGCCAAGGAUUCCAUGGCCAGCACGAUCACUGGAGUGAUGGACAGGACCAAAGGAGCAGUGACUGGCAGUGUGGAGAAGACCAAGUCUGUGGUCAAUGGCAGCAUUAACACAGUCUUGGGAAGUCGGAUGAUGCAGCUGGUUAGCAGUGGAGUAGAAAAUGCGCUCACUAAAUCAGAGCUGCUGGUAGACCAGUACCUCCCUCUCACUCAGGAAGAACUAGAAAAAGAAGCAAAAAAAGUUGAGGGGUUUGAUGUGGUUCAGAAGCCAACUUAUUAUAUUAGACUGGGAUCCCUGUCUACCAAGCUCCGCUCACGUGCCUACGAGCAGGCUCUCAACAGGAUUAAAGAAGCUAAGCAAAAAAGCCAAGAGACUAUUUCUCAGCUCCAUUCCACUGUUAACCUGAUCGAAUUUGCCAGGAAGAAUGUGCAUAGUGCCAACCAGAAAAUUCAGGGUGCUCAGGAUAAGUUCUAUGUCUCUUGGGUGGAGUGGAAGAGAAGCAUUGUCCAUGAUGAUACAGAUGAAUCCCACUGUGCUGAACACAUUGAGUCACGUACUCUUGCUGUUGCCCGCAACCUGACUCAGCAGCUCCAGACCACGUGCCAUACCCUCCUGUCCAACAUGCAGGGUUUACCACAGAACAUCCAAGAUCAGGCCAGUCAUGUGGGGAUGAUGGCUGGCGACAUCUACUCAGUGUUCCGCAAUGCUGCCUCCUUUAAGGAAGUGUCCGACAGCCUUCUCACUUCUAGCAAGGGGCAGCUGCAGAAAAUGAAGGAGUCUUUAGAUGAUGUGAUGGAUUAUCUUGUUAACAACACACCCCUCAACUGGCUGGUAGGUCCCUUUUAUCCUCAGCCGACUGAGUCCUAGAAUACUCAGGACCAAGGUGCAGGAACAGACACAGCUAGCCAGGAGGCCCAACAGCCUCAGCACAGAACACAUUAAACCUGUCCUUGUCGCCAGUGCAUGUUGCAGCCGGCCAGAUGAUACCUUCUGUUACGCUGAAAUUAACCUGCUAGACAACUCUGAUUGGGGAAGUAGCUUGCUAGAAAAAAGGUUCUCAGUUGUAGUCAUUUCCAACUGAAUUAAGAGCUUUGAAGUUUCUGGCUGUAACAGAUGAGUUCUGUUUAUCUGGCUUGUAAAAAAGAAUGAUAGAUUGAUUGGAGCAUUGCCAGAACUCAAAAAAGUUCAGUGCAUUUAUAGUCUCUCUGUGUUACCACUGUUGCUGUCUCUGUUGAAUAAAAACACCUUCAUGUUGCCUAUGGUAUAAACUGAUGUCGGCUCCAGUAUGGUCUGAGCAGGCCUCCUCGCUGGUUUGUCUCACAUUACAUGCUUGUACAACUUCAGUUUUUUAUUUUCCAUAAAGGAAUGUCCCCUGAUGAAUUCAAUAAAAUUCAUUGCAGAAUAGA